AUGGGGAUAAGUCCUACCGUAGUUCCUCAAUAUUAUGGCGUACCUUGGGGUGUUUAUCCUGCCAACAUCAUUCAACAAGGUGCAACAACCCAGCAAAGAAGGCCAUUGACGCCAUCAUCUGCUUCAGAAUCUGCCAACAAUUUGACUCAGGUGCAGGCAGGUCAGUAUCAAGUAAUACCCGCAUACUAUGAUCAAAAUGGGUCGUUAGUUAUGCGUGGUAUAGGUAAUGGAACACCUAUGAGGCUUGUAUCUCCAGCCCCAGUGCUUGUCAAUGCGCCUAAUCCUGCUGGUGUAGCGGGGAACAGCAUGAGAUUGCUAGGAAAUCAAACACAACAGAUAACAACACCUCCUUCCUCUAUAUACAGCAGUAACCAACCGGCUUCGCUCUACAGCACGCCAACUGCAAACGGUACUCCUAUUUCAGGUCUGCCUCCGGGGUCUGGAACAAGUGGAACUGGUGGAUAUACAAACAACCUAGCUUCAUUAACUUCAAGCCUCUCCUCCCUCGGUGCAGGUCUUGGCCUUGGUACUGGAAGCACCGGAAGAAGAGAUUCGUUCGAUAGAAACACUUCAGCUUAUUCCCCAUCCCUUGAAUAUGGACGAGCUAAGUGGCCCCAGAGCUAUGGAACAUUAGGGACUGUGACAGCCUCAGGAAGUCCAUUGGGCUUGGCCGGCUCCGGUUCAGUGACUCCCCCUCCCUUGGGCUCAGGAUCAGGCGGCUUGCAACUGGGCGGAUUGACCGGCACCAGGUCCUUGCUAUCAGCAGCCCCUGGUGCUGAGGCUAAGUUCAGAAGCAGUGCUCCUUCAUCAACUGCAGCCGCAGCUGCUGGCUCAGUCUUCGGAGCGCCUUCGCUCUUUGCCAAGCUCGGAUCUGUUCCAAGAGCUCUUACUACUUCACCUCUCGAUACCAAGCCAGCUGGUAGAUCCAGACUGUUGGAAGACUUCAGAAACAAUAGGUAUCCAUCUCUGCAAUUACGUGAUUUAGCUAGCCACAUUGUCGAGUUCUCCCAAGAUCAACAUGGUUCAAGAUUCAUUCAACAAAAACUGGAAAGAGCCACAGUUCCUGAAAAACAGCUUGUUUUUACAGAAAUUCUCUCAGCUGCUUAUAAUCUUAUGACUGAUGUGUUUGGCAACUAUGUAAUUCAAAAAUUUUUUGAAUUCGGCACUCCUGAACAGAAAACCACCCUGGCUCAGAAAGUUAGAGGCCAUGUCUUACCUCUGGCAUUACAGAUGUAUGGUUGCCGAGUUAUCCAAAAGGCUUUGGAAUCAAUAAGUGGAGAACAGCAAGUGGAGAUUGUGAGAGAAUUAGAUGGCCACGUGUUAAAAUGUGUUAAGGAUCAAAAUGGAAAUCAUGUUGUUCAGAAAUGCAUCGAGUGCGUCGAUCCUCAUGCUCUUCAAUUCAUCAUUAAUGCCUUUCAAGGACAGGUGUUCACACUAUCUACUCAUCCAUAUGGUUGCCGCGUAAUUCAGCGAAUUCUAGAGCAUUGCACACAGGAACAGACAGCUCCAAUUCUAGAAGAAUUACAUCAACACACCGACCAGCUUAUUCAAGAUCAAUACGGGAAUUACGUUAUUCAACAUGUAUUAGAGCAUGGAAAAGCUGAAGACAAAGCUAUUUUGAUUGGAGCUGUAAGAGGCAAAGUACUUGCUCUUUCACAGCACAAAUUUGCGUCUAAUGUAGUUGAAAAAUGUGUGACCCAUGCUACCAGGGCUGAAAGAGCAGUGCUUAUUGAAGAAGUUUGUGGAUUCAAUGAUAAUGCAUUACAUGUUAUGAUGAAGGAUCAGUAUGCAAACUAUGUCGUUCAGAAGAUGUUAGACGUAUGUGAGGCUUCUCAGAGAAAAGUUCUGAUGCACAAAAUACGUCCACAUUUUGCUUCCCUGCGAAAAUACACUUAUGGAAAACACAUAAUUGCUAAAUUGGAGAAAUUUUUCAUGAAGUCUGCAAAUAAUGUCGUUGUUCCAGAUCUAGGACCAAUUGGUCCUCCCACCAAUGGUGUUUUAUAAAUGCUGGCAUGUUUAUUGGAGCACAUCCCGACUCUAGGGACAAUAAUGUGUUAAUCUUAUCGUAUUAGUUAUGGUUUUUUGAGUAGAAACUGAGUCAAAUCGGUUUAGUUAGGUUAUUUUACCUUUUUUUUUUCUUUUUCCCUUCAUUAUUAUAAUUUUUUUUUCGUUAUUGAAGAAUAAUUGAUUUGUAUAUAGCACCAGAUAGGUGCCUUUAAAUCUGGUAAUCACAUAUAUAGAUUUAUAUAUGUAUGUACAUAUAUACAUAUAUAUUUAUAUAUAUGACUAUAAAUAUUUAGAAAAAAUACAUGCCCCCUCCUCAUCAAUUUCAUUUUGUAAAGAAUCAUCCUGUAGCCCAUUUAUACAAUACUAACAAUGUACAGUAACAGACUAUUUUUUCGGGUUGUAAAAUAUGACGUUAUAAUUUUUAUGUAUAAUUGGACCAAGUUAAUUUUUAAAUGUAUAAAACUCAUUUUUAUCUUUUUUGUAAUUAGAGUGGCAAGACCUCCUGCUGUAAAAGAAUGUAGAAAGUAUUUUCUUAAAAUUAGUUGUAAAUACUGGCCUGGCUCCCGCGUUUAGAUAUGUAUGUAUAGCCGCUGAAUAAACAAAUUUUCUCUAUUUUCUAACUUUUAUUGCUUUAUUUUACUCAUUUGUGUGCAUUUUUUUUAAUAUAUAUAUUUUACAUCUCAUUAGUAAGCGGCCCCUUUUAAUGUGAUAUCUAAUUGAAUGUGAAUUUUGGAAAGUGUCUUAGCUUAAUUUUGUUUAAUUAAAAUUUGGAGGGCUUUUAUUGGAAAGACUAGAGGGAGCGUGCUCUCGUUACAACAGCUACCGCUUGUAAAUAAAACACAUUUACCAAAUACUGCCAGGGAUGAAAUGUUAGUCUAUCAAUAUACAGGCACACUUAUCAUCUAAUUACUACUAAUUAUCUGUGUGUUUAUGCAUUUGUAAACAUGAUUCAUGAAUCAUAUACUAACUUGCUCAUCGCCUCUCACUAAUUAUUCAAGUAAUUUCAAUUAUUAAAUAACAUAUUAACAUGUUAUAAAGAAUUAUUUUAAUAGUAUUUGUGUGAAGUUCAUUACCUAAUCUAUAAUUAAAAUACUUAUAUUAAUGUGGAUGGUUAAAAAUAUAUAUAUAUAUAUAUCUUGUAAUUAUUACAUGAAGAUUACUAAUCCGUUAUUCAAGGUAUUUAAAAUUUUGGGUGUGGUUACAUACCAUUAUUUAGCGCAGAUUAAAAAAAAAAAAAAUUAAAGAAAAAAUAUUAAAUAUUAGUGUAUAUAUAUUAAUUUCUCUUAAAGCCAUGUUUCUGUUUGGAUUAUUUCAAUUUGGACCAAUAUUUGUAGUACCAACAGUUGUUACAUAUUCUGUAAUUAUUAUAACAGCUGGAUUGUUAUUAUGUAUAUUUGGAGAACAAUGUCACACUUACUAUUAGUGUGUUUGUAAAUUAAAUUCGCUUAGUGCACUUGAGACACAUUGCUCAAAAUUUUAGUAUAAUUAAACCACUGUUAAUAAAAACACCGCCCAUCUUAAUAGGAUUCAAUUAAUGAACAGCAUGCUUUAUCAAAUUUGUAAUUUAUUGCAUUUGAUUCUUCCGUAAUUUGUUUUCUUCUUCUAAGUUCAAAAUAUUAUUUUAAUAUCCUUGGAAUAUAUUAGGGUUCUAUUUAUAGCUGAUUCUAUAUAAAUAUUCAUAUAUUAUCUAUAAAUCUCAAAAUUAUAUCUUAAUGCUAUAUAAUAAAGAAAUAAUUUCAUCUUUCCGCAUAGAACAAAAAUAUUCUAAAUGUAUACAUACUAAGAUAGAUUAGCCAUGAAAAUAUUGAUAAAAAGUUUGCAUAUUUGUUUCUCCAAUUGGAAAAUUUAAUGUAUAGUUAAAAAAUUAUUAGAGAUGUACAAAUAUAUAUAUAUUUCAAAUUUAUACUUAUACAUAUAUAUAUAUAUAUAUAACAUAUAUAUAAAUAUAUAUAUUUGUACAUAAAUGCACAUAUAUAAAAAUAUAUAUAAAUAAAUAUAUAUAAUGAGUAGUAAUAUUUUAUAUGUCUCCAGUUGUUUGUAUCUCCAGUAUAAAACAACUCAACAUUCCCUUGUAAAUUGUUUGUACAGAUAAUAGAUUGAAACUAAACGGCUUACAACUUUUUUUUAUUAUGUUGUCAUAUAGAAAAUUGAUUUUCUUUUUUUUUUCCCCCUUCAUUUUAUAAUUUGAUGACAUAUGCUUAGCCUUAACUUAAGUAGAGGAGAGGGUAAUGUAGCAGACCAACAGUCAAAAGCAUUGAUAAAAUGCGACCUUGGAAGACUACCCGAUCACCCGUCGCUGCCCCCUCACAAAUGUAAUUAGCUAUGGAAAUUAAUUAUUAUUCUAUUUUUGUAGUUGAUCAAGACGACCGAGCUUACUAUUAAAGUAACUUGUAUAUCUGUUUGAAAAAUUUUAAAAAAAAGUUCAAUCAAGACUGUACAUUGUUUAUAUAUGAACUCUGUAAAUAUUUGUAUAUGAAUUUUUACAUAAUUUUUUUAUGGUAUAUAUAUAUGGGAAAUAUUAUAUAUAAAUAUUUUUAAGUUUUUAAAUGUUGCCUAGGCAAAGUGUAUUAUAAAAAUAAAUUGCCCUUUGAAUCCAUAUGUUAAUAUUGCCUCAGUGUUUGAUUUAGUGACACCUAAGUGUACAGUGUAUCAAUAUUCGUUAAUAGGUUAUGUUGGCGGGCAGUGGUGAGACGAUGCUGUGGUCCACGCUGAUAAUUACUCCUCUACUUAAGGUACGUUCCCUUCCUCUUGGUGCAAUACCUAUAUCAUCCCAAAUACUUCCUUAACCCUCCUUGCAUUGACGUCACCAACAUUUUUUUUAUUUUGUAAUUACUUUUUAUCAUCUUGAAAAUAAAAAUUACAAUUCGGAUCAAUGAUUUUAGUUAACGAAGACUGAUUAAGACCUCUCACUCCUACACAUUUAUUCUUUGAUCAUGUGAAUAUGAGAGGGGCAAAUUUAAAUUUAGUUGAUUAAUUUAACUACUUAAAUAUAAUAUUUAAGAUGUACAUCUAUUAUGUAUUGUAAUAUGAAUGUAAAAAUAUUGUUUAAAUUGCACAUUUGUUGUCUUAAUUGAUAUGUACUAUUGUAAAAUGUGAGCACUCAGUUUGGUAUUUUGCUGUCUAUAUAAUGGUGAAUGUAGUUCUAUAAUCUUGUACUUUAUUGUGAAAUAGUAAACAUAUAAAAACUGUCAUGUUUAUAUUUUAUCUUUUUUUAUAUAUAAGGUAUAUAUAUAAAUAUUAUAUACAUAUAUAUUAUUUUAUUAUUAAUUUUCUACAUGCUGUUAAUAUUUUUGUAAAUGUUUCAAUAGAUUUUGGUUCUUCCUAAAUCCUGAGGUUGGGUGUUAUUGCUAAAUAGCAUUGUAUAAAAUUAUUGUAAAAAUUAAAAAAUAAAAUGAAAUGUACUAUUUAUUACUGGCAGUGGUAAGCAAACCUCCAGCCUUUUAAGAAAUCAUACCAUUCCUCAGGAGCUAGGAAAUUUAGUUGACAUUUUUUUAAACAAAACUUUACAAUAAGUGGUAAUGGUGGAAUUUCGUUUUUGAUUUCUUUUUUUAAUGGUUUUUCGUUCAGUUUCUGGUGUCCUGCUCUCUAAACUUUUCAAGUAGUGUUUAUUAUUAAAUAUACAUAUAUGAAUAUAUAAAUCCAAAUUACAAAUUUUCUUAACAUUUGUUGUGAUUAUAUUAAUAAUGUACACUGUAUGUAGGAUUGUGUUUAGUGCUUAUGUAUAAACUUGUAAGUAGUUCUUUGUAUGUGCCUUGUUUAAAAUUGAUUCCCAUUUUUUAAUUUACAAUCAACAAUUAAAUGUGUAUAAAUUGUUUUUAGGUGUAUUAUAUCGAUUACAUUUCUUGUAUCGAAAAUAAAAAUAUUUGUAUAAUUGUGCAUUGUUGUUGAGUGUACUUGAAGCAUUGGGCAGUUUGUUAAUAUAUAUUGAUAUACAAAAUGAGAAUGAAUUAUUAAUGAUCAUUUUGAAUUGAAAUUUACAUUAAAAUAUUGCUAAAUUAAAUAUAUACUUGUACAAAAAAAAAAUUAUCACUAGGUUUUAUUUCACUAAAAAUACACUUUUAUUUUAUUUGGAUUAAAUUAUUUGCUUACGUAUAUUGUGUUUUGACUAAAUUUUUUAAAUAAAACAGAAAAUUUCCAUAAUAGAAUAUUUAUGAUUUCAGUAGAUAUAGAUGAUUUUAUACUAUCUUAUUUUUUUUUUCCUUUAGACAGUACUUUUUUCUUUAGCUUUUUUAGAUUUAUCAGCUUAAGAUUUGAUAUAAAGAAGAAUUUAUCUUAGUUUCUGAAUACUAGUGACCUUUGCGAUUUAUGGGUACAAGCGUUAGUUUUAGCUUAUAGCAAGUUGUCUUAUCAGUUAUAUAAAGAUAACUUUUCUUCUUUUCUUUUUUUUUUUCUUAAAGCAAUAGCUAACACCCAUUUUGUAAUUAUUUUAUUAUAUUUAGUUAGUAUUUAGGUGGGAAACCAUCAACCUAAGUAGGAUAGGUUAUUGUUUUAAUUUAAAUUUGUAUUUUGCAUUAUGGUACACCAUAUUAUCUAUCAACAGAUAAUCUCGUGAUUAAAUGUAAUUGUUAUAAAUAAAUAUAUUACUAAUCUUCUAUUGUAUUUUAGAGUUGUAGAAAAACAAAAGAAAUUAUUUAGAACAUUUAAAAGUAAAAUUUUGUGCAGUAGAUUAUAAAUAAACAUUGCUCUGCUACAAAUAAAAAAAAAAAGUUAUUAAUUACAAAUUGUAUAUGGUUGUACAAAAUGUAACAAUUUUCAUUGUGAGAAUAUUUUGAAGUAUUUCAAAAUAAAAUAUAGAAAAUUUCCUUGUA